AUGGCCAAGAACGAGCAAGUGGUCGGAUCUCCUGCUUCGGCAUUCGCCAGUAAUUCCGUGAUACCAUUUUGGAUCAAUGGAGAGGAGGUGGUAUCCGAAUCCGAGUUUUCACUCAUAUCUCCGAUCGACCAGAGGGUUUUAUAUCGUUGCUCGUCAGCUGGUACAGCGGAAGUCUCUAGAGCAGUUGAAUCUGCCCAGAGCGCCUUUGUGGAGUGGUCCAAGACGAAACCGCGAGAGAGGCGAGAUAUAUUCCUAAGAGCAGCAGAUGAAUUUCGGAGGAGAAAAGCCGAGCUUCGUCAUUACAGCCUCACAGAGACUGGUGCAUCCGAGGCAAUGUUUGCUUUUGAACAUGAGGCGGCUUGUCAAGCUUGUUACGAUGUUGCUGGUCUGAUCCAGAUAGCUACCACUGGCACCGCGCCAGUUCUGGACGCAGAAGGCAGCAGUGGCGUAGUUCUCAACGAACCUUUUGGUGUCGUGUUAGGGAUCGCUCCGUGGAAUGGCCCAAACGUCCUCGGAUUGAGGGCAUGCCUGCAGCCAUUGGCGAUGGGAAACACUGUCAUUCUCAAAGGCCCUGAAGCUGCACCAGCAACAUAUUGGGCCAUUGCUUCCAUUCUGCAUGCGUCUGGUCUCCCUGCGGGAUGUCUAAAUACAUUGUACCACCGCCCCGAAGAUGCAGCAGAAGUGACAAGCGCUCUCAUCUCCCAUCCGUCGGUCAAGAAGAUCAAUUUUACAGGUUCUACAGCUGUCGGUUCUAUCAUUGCCUCGCUUGCGGGCCAAUACCUCAAGCCUACCGUUAUGGAGCUCGGCGGUAAGGCUCCAGCGAUUAUAUGCGACGACGCCGAUAUUGAACUUGCCGCGGUACAAUGCUGCCUGGGGGCCUUUCUACACGCUGGCCAAGUUUGCAUGUCUACAGAGCGCAUCAUUGUCAAUGCCGCAAUAGCAACGGAGUUUCGUGAGGCUUUGAAAUCGGCGAUGGUUAAGCUUUUUGGUUCACAGCAAACACCGCAACUGGUAAACAGCACCGCUGUUGUGAGGAAUCAUAUGCUGAUUUCUGAUGCGCUCUCUAAUGGCGCGAGUCUUCUGUACGGCAAGCUCAAUGAUGACUACGAUCAAGCGUCGACCCGAAUGCCGCCUGCAAUCAUCGAAAAUGUUACACCGAGGAUGAAAAUAUAUUCCACGGAGUCAUUUGGACCGACGGUGACUUUGUACAUUGUGAAUUCAGACGAAGAAGCCAUCAAGCUAGCCAACGACACAGAGUACGGUUUGAGCAGCGCAGUUUUCACUGCAGAUCUUUGCAGGGCCCUUCGAAUUGCAAAGUCCAUAGAUUCGGGGGCUGUACAUAUCAAUUCUAUGACGAUCCACGACGAGACAACGCUGCCUCACGGGGGUGUGAAAAGCAGUGGUUUUGGUCGUUUCAACAGUCUGCCUGGGUUGCAAGAGUGGGUGAGGACCAAGACAGUCACUUGGAAGGAUUGAGCAUGCACGAGCGAUAUCCGAG